AUGUCAGACACACCUCAGGAGACGCCCCUAAAUGCCCAACUACUCGACCAACUCUACCUUCUCCAAACCCAAAUAACUCAACUCGAAGACUCAUUCGUCUACCCCGAAACAGAACUCGCAGACUUACAUCAUCAAGCCGCGGAGAUCCAUGAGCAGCUACAAUUUAUCGCCGAAUCCGGUCAAAACCAAAAUCAUGACGAAUGGGAAAGCGAUAUCCAAAACGAUUAUCAGAACGCAGCAAAUGAACACGCAGACCCUGACAUCUCACCACCUCCCUACCAAGAAGUCGUAGAGAUGGAUAGGCUGGAAUAUCUUAGGCUGGAAUUUGAUGAGGGGUCUGACAUACCGAUAGCUGCAGCUCAUACCAGUUUUGACGCGCAAAGACGCGAUACAGGCGAUAUGGAGCAGGAUUAUGAUUCUUCUUACGCUAAUUCUCACGACGACUUUUCUCAUGAUGCAUAUUCCCAAGGUUCAGCCAAUAACGGCUCUUGGAGAUCAACCGAGUCGCAUCACGUCACUGAACCAAACAUAAACCAGGACCCUCAAGCAUACAACUAUGGCGACUCUCACCCACCCGCUGGGCAAAAUGACAGAAAUAACACAAACACACCCUACCGAUACCAGCUACAGACAUCAGAUUAUAUGUUCUUCACGUUUUUGAUUAUGUUUUUGAUAUUUCCUUUCGGAUGGGUUGCAUGGCUAUCUUGCCACCGAAUGUGUUAG